AUGCCUCCGGUCCUCAGGCAUCGUGAUCCUGCGACUGCAGGCCAUUUAUUGACAAGCUACUUGGAGAAUGACUAUCUUCUCAACCCUUUUAUCAACAAGAAUUGGCUUAAAAACCAACUUAAGGGCUAUUUCCCCAGCGAAGGUCUCCUGGAGCGAUCGCCGGAGAAUGCCAUUGUUUGCUUGGCCAUCGCCCUUGGAGCAAUUUCGAUCGAUGUCUCGGACAAAGGGGCAGUCGCCAAAGGCUACUACGAUAUCGCUAUCUCCAUUGUUGGUGAUCAACUUGACGGCGACACUCGUACGCAUGCGCAAAUGUUUCUCCUAGUGGCUCUAUACCACUGGCGUCUCGCUAAGCCAGAAACUGCAAUGAGCUGGAUUGAUAAGGCAAGUCGCUGCAUCUUGCAUCUGCUCCGUAGAGAGCACUUCCGCGAGGAGACCCAGAAACCUAUUAUAACGAGUCCGCGACAGCAAGAGGUCGUACUGGCAGCAUGGACAGCCUAUUUGAUGUGGGAUUCCGUCGCAGCCGAUUUAGACCUGCCAACAAACACUACGCUUGAGCUCCUUCCGCGGGUUCCUCUACCUUACGACUCUAACCUGUGGAAAGACCCUGACGAGAGAUAUGUCCAACUUCACCACAUCUCUUACAUCAUGCUGUGCGACAUGUUGCAUCGCCUGUGCUCGGAACUUUUCCCAGUCAGCGCUUCUGACAGCUUUACCGAUCUCAUUCAACGCCUCCAACCUUACCAAGAAAGCCUCAAUUCAUGGAGAAGGGCCCUGGAUCCGUCGUUGCGCUGGGACAACGAUGACAGUGCACCGGAUGACAUUCUCUCGCUAAGGCUCAGGUGUGAGUACUGGAAAGCAUGCCACCUCGUUCGACGCCCCUUCUUGGACCACGUGUUACACAAUUUGGACCAGGCACACUGCGAUCUGGAGGGCACAGUGGCCUUCAAACUGAUGGUGCAGGACGCUGUGACGGCGUGUCUCUGGGCUGGGUUCCAGUCGAUUCGAUACUUGAACCAUGCGCAGAGGUAUAAGUUACCCAAUGCAUACAGUAUUGUUCACGCGUAA